AUGGGUCCCAAUUCUGCGGACUCGGAUGGAGCCAUUCCUGCUGUCGACCUGCCAUCCUGCGAGGGUUGCCGACGGCGCAAGCUGAAGUGCACCCGCCAGAGACCGCUUUGCUCGAACUGCGAACGGCUUGAGUUAGAGAUUGACUGUAUUUAUGAGAAUAGGCGAAAUAAACCGGGGUUAAAGGGUGGCGCCGUCGAAAGUCUCAAUAGAAGACUUGAGGCGGUGGAAAACGCUGUCUUCAGCAACAGCGAGAUACCAACUGCUACAACUGAUGGUCCUGUGGAUAGUCAGACGUCGUCGAUCGUAGGAGUUCUCUCUACUCUUGCGACUGAGAUCAACAAGCUGAAUUCCACAAUUGGAGCGAGUCUUGUGUCACAUUUGAGCUCUUCCGAAAGUGGACCACAACCAAGCGUUGGAGGAAACACUCACAAUGACCAAGAGUCUUUUCGACCGAAUAAGCGACCAAGAUAUGAGGAACAGCGUCAUGCUCACAUACAGUCACCAGUCCUAGGGCACGAAGACCCAACGCUUGGUUUUCCUUGCCAGCUUUCAGAGCUACUCGAUGCAUACUUCACCCGAGUUCAGCCAUGGAUUCCACUGUUGCAAGAAGCAGGCUUCCGGAAAAGAUUGCUGACGUCCGACAAGACGACUGCAUCUGUCAUCUUGCACGCAAUGUUGGUUGCGGCGUCACGGUUUAUUGGGAAAAGGGACCAUGCACCAAGCGAACUCAAAUCGCAAGCUCAAAGAUCACGAAACCUUGUGAUCGCAACCUCAAUGAACGCCCCCAAUGUUGAGAGCCUGCAAGCAUUGGCAAUUGUCGCCUUUUCUGAUCCACUCGCCCUAAGAUUUAUGAACCCCGAUAGAUUGGCAAUGGAGAGUGUGAAAAAGCCUGGCCUAUCAUUGGUUCGAUCUCCAGAUCAGUUCAAUACCUGCAGCUCAGUUAUGAGGAUGCAGACCGGCAAAGGCGUUCAUCAUUUAUCCGCCCUUCGCCACAUCUUACGGGGCCGAGAAAUUGGGUCGAAGAGGAAGAGCGACGCAGGGUAUUCUGGAACAUAUUUAUCUUGGACAGGUCAGUUAACAGUUCGGCGCGUUCUCAAGCCAUCCAGAACUAAUUCAUCGCCCGUGAAAUAG